UUGGAUGGUGAAUCCUGCACGAGACCCUGCCCACCGGAACUAGCGGUGCACUUGACACUAUACUGUAGCUACAUUUAAUCUCAACAAUGGCAAUAGCACGCGUUGCUACCGAAUAUGUGUUUUCUGAUUUUUUAUUGAAAGAGCAGAGUGACUCUAAGUAUAAAGGCCUGCGUCUAGAACUGGCAACAGACAAACUGGUCACUUUUAUCGCGGUUGGGCUUCCUUUGUUACUCAUCUCACUCGCCUUUGCUCAAGAAGUCUCUGUGGGUACUCAGAUCACAUGUUUUCCACCCACUAACUUCACAUUGAGACAGGCUGCAUAUGUGGACUCCUUCUGCUGGGCUGCAGUAGAGCAUCACCCUUCAGAAAAUGGAGCUGAUAGCGCCCCCCUUCAUCUACACAAGUUCUUUCCGUAUAUCCUUCUGCUGGUUGCAACCCUCAUGUAUAUUCCUGCUCUCUUCUGGCGCUUCACGGCUGCCCCUUCCCUAUCUUCUGACCUCAGUUUUAUCAUGGAGGAACUUGACCGUUGCUACAACCGUGCCAUCCGCCUCACCAAGAGCCUCUCAACCAAACAUGACAAAGACAUUGCAGAAGACCCACACAGUGGUCUUGAAAUGACUGAAGCUUGUUUUAAGUACCCUCUUGUAGAGCAGUACUUAAAGACAAAGCGUUCAUCUUGGGCUUUGGCUGCAAAAUAUCUGCUUUGUCGGAUCUUAACAUUCCUCACUUUACUGCUGGCCUGCUUUUAUCUGACCUACUACAUCUUUUGGGUGUCACCCAGUGAUCAGUUCUCCUGUAACCUGCGCAGAGGUAUAUUAGUAAAUGAGAGUGUGGUGCCAGAUGCAGUUCAGUGUAAGCUGGUGGCGGUGGGUGUUUUCCACCUGCUAAGUUGCAUGAAUCUGGUGGUGUAUUUACUGCUAGUACCGGCUGUGGUUUACGCUGCCUUCCAACCUGCUUGUCAGCACCAGCGCGCUCAGUUCCUCCGUCCAUACCACCUGCUGCCUGCUUUCGGUCACGUGCUGGAUUUGCAGCCUACCACUCGCCGUUAUGAUGACCUCAGCAUCUACCUGCUGUUCUUGGAGGAAAACCUGAGUGAGCUUAAGAGCUACAAAUGUUUGCAGGUGUUGGAGCUGCUGUCAGAGGGAGGGGAAGCUGCAUUUGACACCAUGUGUCUCCUCAGGACUCUAGGACAAGUGAGGACUGACAUGGUGGACAGAAAACAAGCCCAAACUGGAAAUGGAAAUGCAGAGAAAGAAAUCUCUGAAAUGAAGGAUGCCUCUUCUGUUCUGCUGAAUGAUGGAGGACAGACAGAAAAAAGCUGCGGCUGUGUGGAAGAUGUAAGACACAGGGUGGUCUAAAAUAUAACAAAGUCAAAUCAAAUGACAAACAAUGAGUUUACACAUUUUAAAUAUGAAGGAUAUGUAAGAUUAUAUAAUGCUCGUAUAUAACUGAUUAUUUACUAAUUUACUAACUGAAGAACUGAUCUGCAUGAGGUUUUUAUGUCUUAUAUUAAUAGAAAUGGGAUGAAUGUUUUUAUAACUUGAUGAAGUUAUUAUUUGUGAGGUUGACUAAUGUUAAGACCCUAUCGUAUGCAUUAUGAAAACAAUGUUACAAGAUAUAUUUUGGGGUGUCCUUUGUAGGUGCAGUUUUGUUGCAACAAUGAGAGAGAAAGAAACUAAAUGGGUAAUUAAGAUUACUAACAACUAACUUCUGGACAUGUUGCUUCUUGGUAACAAACCAUUUAAAUAAUUCCUCUUAACACAAUUAAUUUAAAUAAUAAAAAAUGGCUGCAAGAGUAUAAUGUGACCAAGAAAUCUUAAGAAGUCUUCUCUUCAUAAACCACACAAUGCUAAUGUUUAUAUGCAUCAUCUUGCAAAAUUGUGGUGCAGAGGCAACAUCAUAAAACAGUUCAGAUAGAAGGGAUGUAUGCAUGUAAUUUUAUGAUGCAUGCAAACCCAAGAUUUGGCUGGGUAAGACUUAACCAUUUCUAGAUGUACUAAUGCACUGCCUAUGCAAAAAGCAAUAA